AUGGGAUACUUUUCCAAACGAAACAUAUUCAUCUACUGCUGCAUAUCGGCAUGCUUAUCAUUGCUUACCUAUCUGGUGGCGUUCUCUUGCGAAAUCUCCUGGAUAUUGGAGGCCCGCGGUGACCUGCCCAUACCGGCCUAUCUGUUGUGCGCCCAGUUCUUCAUACUCUUCAUCUCGUCCGCGAUCUUGAUCCAUGGACUGUCCACGGGCAUUUCGUGGGGUCUUCUCAGCUGGUCGAUUAUAAUCGGUGUGCUGUCGGUUCCGGAACUGGCACUAGUCAUGUACAUGACCAUACAAUAUUGGGGUCUACAAUCGGCGCACGGGCUAACGGAAUUAAUUGGAUAUUUAAUACGUUUAAUAGUCAACUGCUUAGCACUGUUGUGCGUUAUUCCGACAGCAUUGAGAUGGCGACAGGAGAAGAAAGUAUUAUCCCAGCUCGAAUCACUUGCCUCCCGACUGCAGCUGACAACACCAACUCCCACUACGCCUUUCAACGCCACCACCGGCAUGAACUCACUGCGAGCGAGCAAGCGAAGCACUCAGGGUGCACCGAACGGUCCUAGUCGAAGGCCUUCGACGGGUUUCGAUAAUCCCGGGUACGUGCCGCACGAAAACAAUUCCCUGGACAUCGUACAGCAGUACACGGCGUACAACAACCUGUACGGGUCACAGAGCGAAUUCAACGCCAGCAUUUUCGGGUUAUCGCCCGCGAUGCCUACCGGUCCGCCACCGCUCGUGACCGAGUGCAAGAAGACACAGUCACUGCUCGAUUUGCGCUUUAUCUUUCCACCAAAGUUUCUCUCGACGCACGCGACGAUCAGUGAGAAGAAAUCCAAAGACUCAUCCCCGGCGGCCGACGAACCGGACAGUAUACUGCACAACAAUCUAAAGAACCAAAUCCACAACAAACUGCACGACGUGCCAGAGAACGGCACAUUGCGACAAGCACGGGAGAAGGACACGAAUGCUUCGAUCGAUCACACAGGCACGAUAGCGACACUGGCCAGUGACGGACCAGCAGCUGCUGUAAACGAUCCGAUCUACUACACGAUCGAAUCGACCAAGAACAACAAAAUAUUGGGCCGUAACUGUGUGUCGCUCGAGAAUUUGGGUAACAUUACAUUCUCGGAAUCGCCACUACCCGCAAAGAAACACGACCAACCGCAUUACCGGUACGGACAGAAUCUGCUCAAAAACUACGCCAUGAAUCCGUGGAAUGUGCUCGCCUACAAUCCAGCCUACAGUGCCUAUCCGGCGGCCUAUUACCACUAUCACCUGAUGAACCCGUACCAUCUUUAUCAGCUCCAGCACCAUGGUAACUACGGUGGAGCUGGUGGUGCGAUGCCUCCCGGCGGCUACUUCGCAGGGCAUCCCCAUGCUGGACUUCACGGUGGACCUGUGAGCUACGGCAAGAGUCACUCCCAAAUAGCAAGUUACGGUUAUGGCAACAACCUGUAUCUGAACGGUGCCACCGACAGUCGACAGUCGCUCGGUAAUGAGUCGGACGAUUUUCGAAAGUAUCGCGAUGUGGCACUAUAG